AUGCUUUGCGAGGAUGUUGUGGAUGUCGACGAGCUGGUCGUUGCACUUGUGCUUGUCGUUGUUGAGGAUGACGUGGCUGUCAUGCUUGCAGUCGAUGUUGAGCUGACAGUCACGAAGCUAGUUGAUGUAGAACUGAAAGUUUGGGUCGUAGUUGAUGUUGAUGUUUGUGUUGCAGUGCUGGUCAAUGUUGAGCUCCUUGUGACUGAUAUUGAAGUCGUAGACGUUCUGGUACUUGCAGUUGCGGUUGAACUGCUGGUCACACUUUGCGAGGAUGUUGUCGAUGUGGACGUGCUGGUCGUUGCAGUUGCGCUUGUCGUUGUUGAGGAUGACGUGGCUGUCAUGCUUGCAGUCGAUGUUGAGCUGACAGUCACGAAGCUAGUUGAUGUAGAACUGAAAGUUCGGAUCGUAGUUGAUGUGGAUGUUUUUGUUGCAGUGCUGGUCAAUGUUGAGCUCCGCGUGACUGAUACUGAAGUUGUAGAUGUUCUGGUAUAUGUGCCGCUUGCUGUGGUUGUGGAUGACCUGGUAGUUGUUGAUGUUGCGGACUUCGAUGUGGAGGUUGUGGUCAAUGUGGUCGAGGAUGUCGAAGUCGAGCUACUUGAGGACAAUGAUGUCGAUGAGACACUUGUUGAACUCGCCGUUGUGGAAGUUGUUGCCGAACUUGUUAAGGUGCUACUGGAGCUGCUUGUUGCACUUGUCGGUGUUGAACUGCUGGUAGUCGAGGACGUACUGCUGGAACUUGUUGUUGUGGAUGCCGUUGUGGAACUUGUGAACUUGCUACUGGAGCUGCUUGUUGUGCUUGUCGAUGUUGAACUGCUGGUAAUCGAGGACGUAGUGCUGACGCUUAUGGUAGUGGAUGCUGUUGAGGAACUUGUCGCAGUGCUACUUGACGUGCUUGUUGAUGUUGAACUUGUUGCGGUGGAUGUAGCUGAGGAACUUGUUGAAGUGCUACUGGAGGUGCUUGUUGAUGUUGAACUAAGGGUAGUUGACGCCGUAGUGCUGGAGCUUGUCGUUGUGGACGUAAUUGAGGAACUUGUUGACGUGCUACUGGAGGUGCUAGUUGAUGUUGAACUGCUGGCAGUUGAGGACGUAGUGCUGGAGCUUGUGGUAGUGGAUGUCGUUGAGGAAGUUGUGAAAUGGCUACUGGAGGUGCUUGUUAAAGUCCUGCUGGAAGUGCUGGUUGAGAUCGAACUACUCGUAGUCCAGGACGUUGUGCUGGAGGUUAUCAUCGUCGAUGUCGUUGAGGAAGUUGUUGAAGUGCUACUGGAGGAACUUGUUGAAGUGCUACUGGAGGUGCUUGUUGAUGUUGAAUGGGUGAUGGUUGAUGACGUAGUGCUGGAGCUGGUGGUUGUGAAUGUUGUUGAGGAAGUUGUUGACGUGCUGCUGGCGGUGCUAGUUGAUGUUGAACUGCUGGUAGUCGAGGGCGUAGUGCUGGAGCUAGCACUUGUUGAAGAUGUACUGAUCGAAGUUCGAGUUGAUGAUGUGGUUGACUUGGAGGUACUGGUUGUUGAAAAUGUCCUGCUGGAGCUUUGA